ACGGCACUCCAGUGGACACUACAGACGUGGACCUUCAUGCUGUCAGCAUGGUAUCAUCACUCGUUUCUGAGAGGACGUCCGGACGCCUGGCACAUGUGGACGAGCUUCGUGACCUGUCGACAACUUCCGUCGUCGAUGCACUCCGUGCCAUGUUUGCAAGAUAUGGCCUCCCGUUGCAGUUAUGCACCGACAACGGGCCACAGUUUGCCAGUCAUGAGUUUGCCCAGUUUGCCGCACGGUACGACUUCGAGCAUGUGACUUCAAGUCCGCGAUAUCCGUGCUCAAACGGAUUAGCGGAGAAAGGUGUACAGGUUGUGAAAAGGAUCCUUAAAAAGACCACGGAAGCCAACGAAGAUUUCUGGCUAGGUCUGUUAAAUUAUAGAGCAAGCCCUUUGGAAGACGGACGAUCUCCAGGCGAGUUGCUGCAGGGAAGACGUUUACGCACCCUGCUCCCAGACUUCACGUAUCAUCCGGCCAUUCAGGUGAAGAAACACAACCAGACCAUUCGAAACCAUCGACCACUGCCGCCCCUCGAACGUGACGAUGUCGUGCGUGUGAGAGGAAAAGCAUGGUCACCGAAAGCCACCGUAAUUGCGCAAGCAGGUCCACGGUCCUUCUUCGUUCGAACGGAGAACAAGAAGACAAUACGGCGAAAUAGACGCCAUCUUCUCCCAACAAAGGAAAACCCUAGUCCAGAGGUCUCAUUCAGCGACACUGACGACGAACCAGACGACGAGCAAGUUUCCUCGACGGCGUCAUCAGAAGCCGGUCGCACAGAUGGAGCAACAGAACAAAGCCCACCACCCGUGGCACUUAGGAUGUCCCAGCGACAGCCAAGACCACCCCAGCGGCUUGCGUAUGAUGCUAACUUUAAACAAAUAGGCACGCGGUGAACCACCUUCUAUCAACAUUCUUUGAGGAAGGAAGAUGUAUCGUGUCCGCACGUGUGCGCGCUUCUGCAUGCGCACAAGUUAUUGUUGAUGGAAGCCAAACCAACACCCAUGUCUUUAUCAACGAACACACCCCCUUUUCCCUCUCCCUGCAGUAGUAUAUUAACCGCAUUCAAUAAACAACGUCGUUCACUCUUCUACUGCUG